AUGACGGGCAGCAUCCGUAACUGGUCUAGAUAUGUUAAACAAUGCUACGAUAAUUUGAGUCCUGGCGGUUACCUUGAGCUCAACGAGGUCGAUGCUAUUCCUGUAUCGGACGACGGUACGCUUACUGACCAGUGCAACCUUAAGAAGAGCUUCGACUUGUGGGCCGAAGGACUGGCAGCCCUUGGAUCGCCUUUUGAGAAAUUCUCUCGCAUGGAAGGGGUCUUGAAGGACGCGGGAUUUGAAGACGUCCAUAUCCGGCGAUUCAAGUGGCCGACAAACAGCUGGCCUAGGGACUCGAAGCACAAGGAACUCGGUAUCUGGAAUUACGAGAACCUCGCACCUAAUCUGGAAGGGAUGUUUAUGGCAUCUUAUACGCGAGGAUUGAACUGGACAAAGGAAGAGGUGCUUCUAACGACCAUGGGUGCUCGCAAGGAUUUUGCUGAUCGGAAUAUCCAUGCUUACUUCAACAUGUAA